AUGGGUCGCAGAAGGGCCAUCCUAUGGGCACUUUUCCCAUGCUGCAACCCCAAGAAAAAGGCCAAGACAAGAAAUAAGUUGGCCUCAUCCCAAGUCGUGGAAGCAGAGUGCCCGGAGGAGUUGGCAUGUCGACAGCUAAAAGCAUGCAGGGAGCAGCUUCUUAGAAGGGAAGCAGAAAUCUCGGAACUAAAAGCAGAAAGGAACAACACCAGGCUGCUGCUGGAACACCUGGAGCUCCUGGUUUCCCGGUACGUGCCGUCCCUCCAGAUGACGGUGGAGAGGCAUCAGGCGCGGUCCCCAGCCAGCAUGACCAGCGAGUUGGAGGUCCUCAGGGCACUGAGAUUGCUCUUCGAGCACCACAAGGCCCUGGACGAGAAGGUGCAGAGCCAGAGGGAUCAGGACUGGGAGUCCGCACAGCAGACCCGCGUGGUGGCCACCAUGGCCCAGGACUUCGAGAGUGACGAGGAUGUGUCUGACGGCGAGGGCGACAGGGUCACCCUCUUCAGCUCGGCCGGUCAGCUGCCGCCCAGUGGGCAGGCCGAUGCCGACACUCUGCCUGUGAUGCCUCGGGAGCAGCUGGACACCAUCAGUGAGGAGACCCGGUGGAUCCAAGAGGAAGAGAGCACGGAGCAGCGGGCCGAGGAGACUGAGAGCAGGGCGGGCAGGGCGCGCUUAGGCAGCCUUCGGCGUUUUGAGUCCCUGAGCUCCCUCAACCUGUGUCCUGCCUCCUCACUUGCCAGCUCCUGCCCGCCCAGCAGGGCGCCCUCCCCACCCCGAAGGAGGCGGCGCAGCCUGGCGCACGAGGGAGACCGGCUGGGCAUCAUGACUGCGGUGCAGAGCCAGAGGGAGCAGGACUGGGAGUCCGCGCAGCAGACCCGCGUGGUGGCCACCAUGGCCCAGGACUUCGAGAGUGACGAGGAUGUGUCUGACGGCGAGGGCGACAGGGUCACCCUCUUCAGCUCGGCCGGUCAGCUGCCGCCCAGUGGGCAGGCCGAUGCCGACACUCUGCCUGUGAUGCCUCGGGAGCAGCUGGACACCAUCAGUGAGGAGACCCGGUGGCUCCAGGAGGAAAGGGAGAGCAUGGAGCAGCGGGCCGAGGAGACUGAGAGCAGGGUGGGCGGAGCACGCUUCUGCAGCCUUUGGCAUUUUUUUUUGUCUGUUUGUUUGUUUUUUUUGGUCAGUGCAUUUUAUUUAAUCAGCACAGUACAAAAAUAA